AUAGCACAUUUUUAACUAUCACCAUUAUUUUAAUUUAGAGAUGGGCACUUAGGAGUUAAAGGAUGUUUGAUCUGCCCUUUAAUGGAUAUCUGUGUCAAAUAUAUGGAAUUAUUUUUGUUAUAAUUGUAAUAGUCUCCAGUGAUUUCAUUUGUCUAUAGUAAAGUCCCAGGAACCUACAGCUAUUUUGGUUUAUGCAGCAUUUAUAAGUCCUUAUAAUAUAGACUACUGAUUUCUUCCCUGUAUCCUGCUCAUUGUUGAAAAGCCAGAGCUAUUUUUAACAUUUACACAAUUUCAAUAGAUGAUUCUUCAUUCCAUGAGGUUUGGUGCUAAAUCUGUGGAGACUUUCAUAAUCAUAUCCUUUUUGUGGUUUGCUUGAAUUUGAUCACAGUGGCUGAUUUCAUGCAUUGAUAAUGAAGGCUUAGGUUGCCUGUUUCUUAGCAUAAAUCCACCUCAGACUUGUACGUUGACAGUGCUUCUGGUUUCAGCAUGCAUGGAGAUAUAGAAUUGAAAUUGCUCUGCUUUCUUUACAAAUGACUCAGAGUGUACUUGUCCUUCCCUAAAAUGUUGCCAGCGUGUAAAGGAUUUUCAAUGAGCAGUGCAAUAAGCCAGCAACUGGGAAGGCUUGGAGCGGCACUGAUAUAACGUGGUGCUGUCACACAGAUAAUCAGGGCUGGAGCCAAGUCUCGGUAGCGCUGUGCAUUACCCUGGUCACAUACUGGAAGUUUUGUUUAUCCAACUUGGUUGCUCUCGACGCUGGUGAGAGCCCUGCCAGGAUGUGGAGUGGACUUCCUAGCAGAGGAACAUACUUAUUUGAGAUAAAUGUGGAACAUUAGCUCUGUUCAAUAUUGUUUACUGUGAAAACAACUCCUGAUUUGGACUAAGAGAACUGUUAAUUAAUAUACAGACCUGGGAGCUCAUCUGAUUACAAAUAUAUGAAAAUCUGUUGAAGAAAACAUAACCUUAGCUUCCUUGGAUGGUUCCCUCUUAACUGAGUGCAUACCUUGGAGGGACUUGGAAAACACAUUCACAGGCAGUACAUGCCACACUACUACCCUUCCUGCUCUUGUGCGCACACCUACCCUGAUGAUGCAGCCUUCACUGGAUAUCAAACCAUUUAUGUCUUUUCCAGUGGACAGUAGUUCUGCUGUUGGGCUCUUUCCAAAUUUUAACACAAUGGAUCCUGUGCAAAAAGCAGUUAUUAACCAUACAUUUGGAGUAUCCAUUCCCCCAAAGAAGAAACAAGUUAUUUCUUGUAAUGUCUGUCAACUUCGCUUUAACUCGGAUAGCCAGGCCGAGGCCCACUACAAAGGAAGUAAACAUGCCAAGAAGGUCAAAGCACUAGAGGCAACGAAAAAUAAACCCAAAAUGGUUUCUUCCAAGGACAGCGCAAAGGCUAAUCCCAGCUGCUCCAUCACUCCAAUCACAGGCAACAACUCUGACAAAUCAGAAGAUAAAGGGAAGUUAAAAGCCAGCAGUUCCAGUCAGCCGUCAAGCUCUGAAAGUGGCUCAUUUCUCCUCAAAUCUGGCACAACACCCCUGCCACCUGGAGCAGCCACUUCUCCCUCCAAGAGCACAAAUGGAGCUCCCGGUACUGUUGUUGAAUCCGAAGAAGAAAAAGCCAAAAAAUUACUUUAUUGUUCGCUAUGCAAAGUGGCUGUGAACUCCCUGUCACAGCUGGAGGCACACAACACAGGAUCUAAACACAAGACCAUGGUUGAAGCUCGUAAUGGGGCUGGUCCAAUUAAAUCCUAUCCUAGACCUGGAUCAAGAUUAAAGAUGCAGAAUGGCAGUAAGGGGUCAGGACUACAGAACAAGACAUUUCAUUGUGAAAUCUGUGAUGUUCAUGUUAAUUCAGAAAUUCAACUCAAACAGCACAUUUCUAGCCGAAGGCAUAAAGAUCGAGUUGCAGGGAAACCACUGAAGCCAAAAUACAGCCCUUACAACAAACUCCAGCGGAGCCCAAGUAUUCUAGCAGCAAAACUUGCAUUCCAGAAAGAUAUGAUGAAGCCUUUGGCCCCAGCCUUCCUGUCCUCACCUCUCGCAGCGGCAGCAGCCGUGUCUUCUGCGCUGUCACUCCCACCCCGGCCCUCCGCCUCGCUCUUCCAAGCUCCAGCCAUUCCUCCAGCUCUUCUGAGGCCUGGACAUGGGCCCAUCCGCGCCACUCCUGCCUCCAUCCUCUUUGCUCCGUACUAACGUCUGCAAACCCCAAGACGUUUGAGGCCAGUAGGAAGUUGAGAAAGAAAGCCACAAGGAUUCAGCAAUUUAAGCAGUUUGUGUUGCUGUACCCCCAUGCACUCACAAAAUGCAGCCCUACCACCCAGCUCCCCAAUUCCAAAGAGAAACAUAUCACUAGAUUCACGAGGGCUUUUAGAGACCGCUCCUAUAAUUUAGUAAUCUGAGCAGCAUAGGCUUUAUCUCCCUAUUUCCUCCCCGCCACCCCUCCCUCACCACCUCAUUCAAUUUGUGUAUCUCAGAUAUUUGAUUUCUUGAACAUGUAUUGGUAAGAAAGAAAAAGAAAGAAAAUCAUUCUUUAUUUUUCCAUGGGUAUGAUCUGGCUUAAAACAAUAUGGAAUAUUUUCCUGACAGACUUGAAAACUAGGAUCUUCCUCAGAUGUCUGUAAAUAACUCUGGUAUCCAACUGAGUGUAUUCUAGUGUGGAACAAAAAUCAAUGAACACAAGUGCUUACUUGUGGAUACCAUCUUACCAACGGAUCACAAAGUUCUCUUUUUGGUGUACUGUUGUUGACAGGGAUUGUGUACUGUUUCGACCCAAGUACUGUUGUAUCCUGUGUAGUACUAGAUCUGUAUCUCUUGUCUGAAUUAAACAUUUUUAGUUGCUGUGUAAAUGUUAGGAAGCAAAGUAGCUUUGAAUUUUCUCUUUAAGAGAACAAAAGAUAAAGUAAUGUAUUUUCUUUAUUUCACAUUUUAUUUGGAGAUAUUUAAAUGAAAUAGAAAGCCAUAUAACAUAGCUAUAAUUACUACCUGUUUGCUAUUUUUGUUUAACUUAUUUUGUAGCUUCCUCACUGGUUUGUGUUGCUAAGCAAACGUAUACAAACAGAAAAAGAGCUUCCUAAAUUGCACAUUUUUGCACCUCUUGUGCAUUCUGCAAGAAGACAAUGAAUCCAUGUAUUUCUAUAUAAGUAUCUUCUUCAUUUUUAACCUGUUUUCAUUUGUAUUGAUGCUACAUAAUUUUGUGGCUCCCUAAUGCAAUAAUGUACAGAAGAUAAAAAAUUUAUAAUUGAACAAUUUGUCUUUCUGUUCACUGAAUAUAUUGCAGGUCAUGCUCCCAUGCCCCCCUUUCUAAACCGAUAUCAACUAGACUGGAAUGUUUGUGAUAUCAGGGGCAAGAGUUAUCAUAAAACAACAAAAUAGAGUGAACUCUUUUAGAGCAUCUAUAUCUGCAACCUGUAAAUGGUAAAAUGUCUGUGUAUUUUUUUAAAUGUACCUUUUCAAUAAAAGUACAAAAAA